CAUAAUGUUAUUAGCAUUCUCUGAAUCCAUUUCAUCAGUAGCAUAUUUUAUUAAUAGUACAGUACACCUGCAGUUUUUUCAAUUACCUAACUAGCAGCUGGUAUUGGUAGUGAUUUAGCUGGGCAGAUCACAGUUUUAUCUUUUCAAUUGUGGACUGUUAAAAGUGUAGUUGUCACAGUUCUCACGGUUAGUUCAAAAAGGGGUCACUAGAUGUACCCCUGAUUUGUUUACUGGUAAUGUAGCUCUUUGUGGCUUUAAAAUAUGUGUUACGCAUUCCAGGAAGUACAGUUUCCUAUAGCCCUAAAGAAAACAUUUCGAUAGUAGUUACUGGUACAUAUACUGGACUGGAUAUACUGGACAUAUAUAUUUACUUAUACUUUGUGGUCUUUGUGCAGAAACCAGUUUUACAGUGUCUCUGUGCAGGGAAUGGAAUGUCCUCAUCUGUAUAGUUAUAUUCAUAUUUACCAAUAAUCAGCCAUGUGUUUAUUCACUCUCAUGGAGUGAGGAGAGUGAUACUUAGACGUUGAUUCAGUGAUAAUUACUAUUAGCAUGCUUUUAGAUACUGUGUAUAGUUGAGCUGCUUCAUAAUGCAGGCUUACUACAUAGGCAAAAUUGAGAAUCCACCUGCUAAACCAGAUGGUGACAUAUUGGAAAAGUUUCAUAAUCUGGAUCAGCAGGAGAAAGCUUUGAAACAUUUUGCUGACAUAAAGAACAUGAAUACAGAACAAGAGCAACUAAGUCCAGAAACCCCACUUCCUGACUAUUACACAGACCAGUCACCUGAUGACAGUUCUAUGCUGUUUGUGAAGCGUUUUUCAAAUAUAAUGUCCAGUAUACAGUCAAUAGAUGACAUGUAUCCAGAAAUCCCUGAGCCUGACUACCUGAAUGAUGAUGAUAAAUCAAGUGACUUGUUUCCUCCUCCUCCUCCUCCGCUGGCCCUUCAAGGCAUUGGCAACACUGGGGAGCAAGCUGUCAAAAGUCCAACCAGUCCUGGCCCUGGAGACGAACUGCUCAUUCAACCCAGAAAACUAUCAAAUCCGUGCAUGGAGUCAAGGGAGCGGCAGGCUUUACACAAAGAACUUCUUUAUAAUUACAAACUAGGAAAAAAUGUUUUACAAAAACCAGAACUGGAUAAAGUUCUUGAAAAAAGAAAAGAAAGUCAGCGCAUUCGUGAAUGGGACGAGCAGAAGACAACUAAUAAACGGACCAGCUUGGAAAUGAAGUUGGAAGAAAGAGCAGCUAAAGUGCAACAGGAUGAAGUAAAGUCCAUGCAGCCAAUAGACGAAAACCUGGAAGCACAGAACACUCCUGAAUUCCUCAAAAUGCACAGGAGAAUAACUGUGAAAUCAAAGAAUGAGAAUUUGUAAACUUGUGUAUUUGCAUGGUGUCCAGUAACAUGACUUUCUCAGGCCAUCAUAAAGUUGAUACACACUGAACCUCUUUACUUAAACCCAGCUUAGGGUAAACUUGACUGUAUUUAUUUAGCAUCCCACAAUACAGUUUAUGCAGCAAGUUUUGCGUGAAUGUAAUUUAAGUUUAUGUGGUGGUUGUAUUUAAAAUUCUCUCUCUCUCUCUCUGCCAAUAUUCUGUCCAUCAUUCCAUUAGUCUGUGUUUAGCUAGCAAAACUUACAGUAACUAGUGUGGUGACUAUUUACCAAUAGGUAUAAUGCCAAAAUGGUACCUUGAGAAUUAAUUGAAUCCAGUUUUGUCAGAUUAUAUAAUUAUAUAAUUGGUAUUCUUUGAUUUAUUUUAUGAAUGUGUGAAAAUAUAAUUUCUUUAAUCAGUGAGUACUUUCACAUAUUUCAUAUUAAUGUAUAUAAUAAUCUGAUGUCUUCCAUUAUAUCCAAUAUUUUUUAUUUGACCAGAAUGUUUUAUAAAUUAUGCAGACAGCCAUGAGAGAUACACUUGUGGGUAAAAAUGAUUUGAUAUUGUCCAAAAUAUUUUUUACCUAGGUCUCUGGUCUGAAGGCAGAAUAUACGCACAUGUACAGUAUACAUGUACAGACAUAAAAUGCAUUUAACAAACAAAAAUAUAUUUAUUUAUUUUUGUUUUAUAAGGCUAAAGUUUAUUCAAAUAUAAAUAUACUGUCGUCUUUGAGUGUCGGCACACUAUAUUAAAAAUCCAUAGUUCUAUAAACUGACAGUAAUAAUCUGUAGUCCCAUUCAUUUGUACGUAUUGAUUCAGAAAUUAAUUCAGUUAACACUGUGAGUCAUAAGAAAAUAUGUUGACAUAAUUUUUUGCGGUUAAAUACAAAAUUACAGGACCAUAUAUACUUAGCAAUGAACAAAAUAAACUUAAUGCAUGCAUGUAUGAGAAAAAACUCCACAUUUUCAAAUUAUUUACAGAUUGAUUCUUGUAUGAUUCAUGUAAUUGUUUACAUUUGUUUAUUAUCUUAAUCAUUUUUCAAAUGCAUUGUAGAUGUUGGUCUUGAAAUUGUAAUAAUGUUUUGAAUUAGUAAAGGAGUCUAAUAAACAUAUGAUUGUACCAUCUGUGAAAAAAUUACAGAUGUGGCCCAACAGCGUUCACAGAAAACAUUUAAAAUGACUUAGAAUUUCAAUGUUAUGUACAUUGUUUGGACACCUGUUUGUUUUAAUAGUUAGCAACAUGCAAGCUUUGAUUAUUUUAUCAAAAGCAUUGUGUAUUUCUUUUGAUCAUCUGUGUAUUUUAUUUUAAUGAUGAAAUGAUAGUUUGACUAUAUUUUUUAAAAUUUAACUUUUAAAAAUAGGAACAUAGUUUCUGUUUUAGUCAGUUAUAUAACAAUUCAAGAUUCCAGUUGUCACAUAUGUCUUUAAGCCGAAAUAUGUAAGCAUCAUAGUCUAAUAAUCACUGGCUAUCAAAAAUAAUUUGCUAUUUUUCAUCAAGGGUACCCUUUUUUACAUACACUUGUACCUUGUGAUGUUUAAUAAUUUAAUUCCACUAAGGAAUUAAGUUACCUUUUGCAGUUACUGAAGGGGGAAAAACAGUUUAUUAAUGUAAUAACUAUUUUUGCAAAUUGAAUAAAUUUAUAUAUUUUGAGAGAAAGAAAAAUAGUUUUGUUAAUUGAACUUUUCAUAUUUUCAACAUCUUUUCCAAAACUACUUUACCAAUUGUAACCAAAUUUAUAGAGAAGGUUCCUUGGCAUAUGAAGAAACAAAUGUGUGGAUUUGUUCAUUCUGAUGUCCAAGGGGCCUGAGGGCAGGGUGUAAAAGAAAGAAAAAAGAAAAAAAAAUUACUUUCUCUUCCAGAAAUGCUAUAACCAGAUAGUCUUCAUAUAUGUAAAGGUUAACAAAUGGUUUAUAUAAAUUUGUUAACACCCCAUUUAGUAGUUGUUUACAAAAAUAUAUUUAAACCAAUUUUGUUGACUUCUCCAAAAUGACUUGACCAAUUCCAGUCAAAUUUAGUUUGAAACUGCCUUGGCACAUGGAGACACCAAUUUGUGAAUUUGGUCAUUCAGACCUCUCUCUCUCUCUCUCCACCCCCCCCACCCCCACCCCCCAUGGGCCUGAAGGAAAUUAAGUCAGUUUUCUACUUCCAGAAAUGUUAUAACUGAAUAGUCUUCAUAUAUGUAAAGGUCAAUAGAUGGCUCAUCUCUGUCAUUAUUGUUGGGCCCCCGCCCCAUUUGUCCUCUGGGAGGGGGUGAAGUUUACUAUAUACCUGUAGUUACAUAGAGAAAUGCAUUUAAACUGUUAUUUCUUUGACUUAUUCUUCAAAACUUCUUUACCAAUUCCAACCAAAUUUGUGGGGAAGCUACCUUAGCACAUGGAAAAACAUAUUUGUGAAUUUGAUUAUCUGAUCCAUAGUGAUUUGAUUGGUGAGACCCAAAAGAGAAAAAUUAAACCAAUUUAAAAAAAAGUCUUCGAACCAAAUUUUGUUGCAAGCUACUUAAAAUAGCAAAGAAGAUGAAAAGAAAUAUAACUUAUUUACCGGGUAAUGAUAAUUACUCUUAAAAUGAAAUGAAGAAAAUAUGUAAGAAAAACAAAACAAAUACAACAGCAACAAGUAGUCAAAUAAAUUUCAAUAAACACCAAAACAGCUCUUGUCAUAUAUUUGGUCUGAAGACAAAAUGUACGGUGAAUUAACAAAAAUAAACAAUGAUCUGUUGUGGAUGAAUUGUCCUAAGUAAUCAAUUGUUUACAUUCAGCUUCUGAUUCGCUUUUAUUUGUAGAUUGAUGAAUCAUGGGUCAUUUCAAGAAUACUGAAUGCUUUUACAAAACAUUAAACCAAACCCAUUGGCCUCAGAGUGGGGUGAAAGCUACGGGAUUUAUGAGGUUUUGCCAAGUUGUCACUGAUGGAAGUGUGAUCUAAUUUCAGUGUGAUUGUUCACAUUACUUGUUGCCUUUCAAUGUGUCGACCAAAGUGAGUUGUUCAGUGUUAUAUAAAACUCUCUUGUCACUUAUUUUAAACACCACGAUGUGCACUAUCCAUGUUAGGUUGUUCCAUGAUAUUCUUCCUGAUAUAUACUGAACUGUCACAGUGAAUACUUAUGAACCUUUCCCAUGGAAUGCCUUUACAUGGAAUUGGAAUUUCUUUAUUAUUAUAUUAAGUAGUAACAGCAUAUAUAUAUAUAUAUAUAUAUAUAUACACAUACACAUACACAUACACAUACACAUACACAUACACAUAUAUACAUACAUGCACACACAUGUUACAGGAAAUAUGUAUAAUUCCUGAAAAUUUAAGAAAAUAUGUGUAAUUUCUGAUUUACUCAGGAAAUAUGUGUUAUUUUUGAAAAUUCCAGGAAUUACACAUAUUUCCUGAAAUCAUUCUGACUAGAAAACCAGUAGUAUCAUGUCUGGCAUGAAAUGAGAACAGCAAUAUGUUUCAAAAAAAAAAAAAGGUACAUGUAGGAUAGGUCAGUUUUAUAUAUUCUAUUUUUUGUAUUAUUAUUUUUAAAAAGUUAUUAAAUGUUUUUAAUUUUCUUGUUUUUAAUACUAAAUUCACGCUUAAGGGUCCAGAUAAAAUGUUUUGUAGGUACACUUUAUACCUACAUAUUAAUAAAAAUAUUAAUAAAAAUAAAUCGAAAUUAAAAAAAAAAAAUAGUUAAAAAAAAUAACAUAUCCCUCAAAAAUAGGGUGAUCCUUUUUGUUUUCUGGAUAAGGUUUUGUUCCCAGAAACACUGUUUUUGGUGCUUUACUGUAACUUCAUUUUAAAUUUAAAAUUGUAAAUGCCAAAUGCGCAGUGGAAAUUAAUUUUAAUUUGUGUAAAAACACUUGUAACAAUGUUAAUUAUUACUGUGACCAGUCCAUUUGUCAGUAAAUGUAUGAAUGAAUAUUCUGAAUGUAACCUUGAGCAGGGAGGCAUAUGUCUUCUCUCGGUUGUUUGAUUAUUGCCUUUGAAAAACACACUUUGAAUUGCUUGCUGUUGCUCUGAAGCUCACACCUUAUGACAUCAGGUGUUGUGGCCACCAUGUUUAUGGGAAGAGUCUAGUGAUUAAUUUAAAACAACAGUUGACGUGUACUCAGAUCUGCUGCAUUUCAGGCAUAUAAACAUAGAUGCCUCAUUUUGUAUGGAUUUGUUUUUAAAAAAAUUCAUGUGUUCACUCUGGUUUGCAUUUUAGUUUAUAUCACUGUUAUUUUUACUAAUAUACAUGUAUGUGGGAUGCAGAGCACAACUUUCUGAUUCUCAUUUUUGAUGUGGUUUAGGAAGAUUUAAAACAAAUGAAGUUUUGACAGUAUAACAAGGUUUUUCAUCUACCAUCAAAGGAUUAUUUUAGAUCACAUAAAUAUGUUAGAAAUAAAUAUGUUAGAAAUAUAUUUCUAACUAAUAAAAUCUACAUUCAUCUUCAGCAUGAUGAACUAAUGCAGAUAGAAGUAGCCUCCAACAAGCUGUUUAAUACAGUCAGAUCUCAUUAGAUCAACCAUGUUUGCAGUCCCUUUGGCCAUUUUGUUGUUAUAUUUAAUUUGUCGUUGUAGCAAAUUUGUCCUUUUCCAUAAUGAUUGACAUAAGCCAAAAUACUGCUUAAUAGUUAUUUAAUAGCACAAUUAAAAUAGAAGGCUGAACAGCAUUUAAAUAAUUAAUGCUUUGCAGUUAUUAUCAAAAACACAUGAAAAAGGUACAUGAAUAUGUAAUAAAAUAUGUUUUAAAAAAGCAUUAUUACCCCAGCAGCCACUCUUAAGGGCCUGCUACAUGAUACGAUAGAACAGGACCGAGUCACUCGUACGAGUCAAUCGCACAAGUCAAUCGGACCGAUUGAAUCAGACGUGUUGCCACACAGUACUUGUCAAUCGUAUGAAACGUGACGUCAUUGAAAAAUAUCCUUGCUGUAACCAUGGUAAACAAUGUCGUGUAUUGAUAAGAAGGCGGCUGUCGUAACGUCUCUGUAUUUAUAUAAAUGAUUAGACACACCCCACAAAGAGUUGUGCCCCUGCUACAACUCUAUGAGCUGUUGGGUCUGUACCGAUGACAAGCGAACAGAGUUUUCCGCCAUUACACUCAGAACGUCGACGUUAUCUGCGCCACAAUCUGAUUGGUCAACGUACCCAAAUGUCUGAUUCAAUCGUAUGAAAAUAGAACAAGUUCUAAACUUCGACUCGUACAAGUGACUCGGGCCGAUUUAAUCGUAUGACAUGCCACACGUUACAAUAUGCUUGUUGGCGUUGCAAUCCGAGUCACUCGUAUCGUGUAGCAGGGCCUU